AAAAUUUGAAUAAUUUUUACAGAAAUGGCAAGCAAAUACAUCUCUUCAUUCCCAGUCCCAAAAGGAUUCGAUGAAAUCUUGCAUGAUUUCGCAAGAGAGAUCCUAAGAGACCAGCCUCAGGACGUUCUGGACUUCGGUCAUGAAUAUUUCAAAGCAUUAGACGAAGGCCUUGACUUUAAUUAUGCUAAGAAAGGUAAAAACAUCCCUCCUGAGGCUUCCAGGAGGGAUCGCAAGGCUGUUAAGCCUCAAGAGACUCAAAAUAGAGAUGAAAAUAAGGGUGAUAAGAAGGGUGAAAAGACGGAUGGAAAGACUGAUGAAAAGACAGAUGAGAAGAAGCACGAAAAGCAGGAAGUAAAGCAGGAAGAAGUAAAGAAGGAUGAAAAGGAGGAUAUCAAAAGAAAGAUGAAAACAAAGAUGAAAAGAAAACGAAAAGAAAAAUGAAAAGAAGGAAGAAAAGAAAAAUGAAAAGAAGGAAGAAAAGAAGGAAGAAAAGAUAGAUGAAAAGAAAAAUGAAAAGAAUGAUAUGAAAAGAAGGACGAACAGAAGGACAAAAAGAAAGAUGAAAAGAUAGAUGAAAAUAAAGCUGAAAAUAAAGCUCCAGAGAAGACUCAGAUUCCUCCUAAGGAAGAAGAGACCAAAGACGCUCCUUCAAAAGCAAAUGACUCAAGAGUCUCAUCAGGUAAAGCAAUUGCCAACGAAGCCCAGAAAUAUGUCAGUGAUAUGAUUGAGAAGCUAAGCCAAGAUGAUGAAGACGAGGAAGGUGAUGAAAAGGAUUCUAAAAAAGAACCUAAAGACUAAUUACACAAAUAACUAAUAAUUAUCUUGGAUAUCCAUGUACAGGAAAAUAAACCCGUUGUCAAAACCCUUGGGCAGUAAGAGAGACUUUAGAAUAGGUAUAUUUUGGGUGGCGCCUAUCCUACUCAAGAAAUUGUGAAGAAGAGGAAGUCGCUUACAGGUUCAUAAAUAAAGAAAUCUUAUUUCUCAUAGAAUAUAUGAUUUUUGC